GUCUAGGGCAAAGUCCGGCGGGAACCAGUGGGGACAGGGGCCGAACUGUUUGGGGAGGGGCGGGACUAGAUCCAGAUUCUAAACCCGCCGUCACUGACUGUGUGACUUACGCAAAUUACUUAACCUCUCUGACCUUAGUAUCCUUCUCUCUAAACUGGCAGUAAUAACACCUGCCUCAUUAGGACGUUGGAGGAAUUCAGGGAGAUAAUGCAGAAGUGCCCAGUACAGAGCCUGGCGCGCAGCGGGCGUUCAAUCUAGUGGGUUAGGAGCUGUAGGAACCCAGAACAGAAUUAAGGCUGCUUGGAGGAAGGCGGCUGCGGGCCAGGCUGCCCCAGUGAAAGGCCUCAGUGUCUGGACUUCCUCCCCCGCCGAUCCCCCCACCGUCUCUGCCCGCGGAGUUUGUUAAGGGCGGCGGUGCACACCUGGCAGUGAAAUCUGGAGCCAAAGCCACGUCUACACCACCCUGACACACCACCCCUUUGGACACCAGACUCCAGGUUGAAGGAGGCUCUGAGCAGACCACCUCGGCCACUUCUGAGUCUUUGUCCUGAGCCGGGCAUAAUGGCAGAGAAAGUGCUGGUAACAGGUGGGGCUGGCUACAUUGGCAGCCACACUGUCCUGGAGCUGCUGGAGGCGGGCUAUUCGCCCAUGGUCAUUGACAACUUCCAUAACGCCAUUCGUGGACGGGGCUCCAUGCCUGAGAGCCUGCGGCGGGUUCAGGAGCUGACAGGCUGCUCUGUGGAGUUUGAGGAGAUGGACAUCUUGGACCAGGCAGCUCUACAACGUCUCUUUAAGAAGCACAGCUUCAUGGCGGUCAUCCACUUUGCGGGGCUCAAGGCUGUGGGUGAGUCAGUGCAGAAGCCCCUGGAUUAUUACAGAGUCAACCUGACGGGAACCAUCCAGCUUCUGGAGAUCAUGAGGGCCCACGGGGUGAAGAACCUGGUAUUCAGCAGCUCGGCCACUGUGUACGGGAACCCCCAGUACCUGCCUCUGGAUGAGGCCCACCCCACAGGUGGCUGUACCAACCCCUAUGGCAAGUCCAAGUUCUUCAUUGAGGAAAUGAUCCGGGACCUGUGCCAGGCAGACAAGGCCUGGAACGCAGUGCUGCUGCGGUAUUUCAACCCCAUAGGCGCCCAUGCCUCAGGCAGAAUCGGCGAGGACCCGCAGGGCAUCCCCAAUAACCUCAUGCCCUAUGUCUCCCAGGUGGCGAUUGGGCGGCGGGAGGAACUGAAUGUCUUUGGCAACGACUACGACACGGAGGAUGGCACAGGCGUCCGGGAUUACAUCCACGUCGUGGAUCUGGCCAAGGGCCACAUCGCGGCCUUGAGGAAGCUGAAGGAGCAGUGUGGCUGCCGGAUCUACAACCUGGGCACGGGCACAGGCUAUUCGGUACUACAGAUGGUCCAGGCCAUGGAGAAGGCCUCCGGGAAGAAGAUCCCAUACAAGGUGGUGGCCCGGCGUGAAGGCGACGUGGCUGCCUGUUACGCCAACCCCAGCCUGGCCCUCAAGGAGCUGGGCUGGUCAGCAGCCCUAGGGCUGGACAGGAUGUGUGAAGAUCUAUGGCGCUGGCAGAAGCAGAAUCCUUCAGGCUUUGGCUCGCAGGCCUGAGACCCUGGCCUCCCAUGGACCAAAAAAGGGAGAGAAACAACUGCCUGCUCUCCAGCCUCUGGCAGGAACCCAGGGGCCCCAGAGGCCCUGUGACCUCGGACCCCAGCUGGGCCCACUGAGCCCACCGGGCCCGAGGCCAGGGUCUCCGGUGACCGGGUGCCAGGUCUGUGUGCCCCAGGGGCCAGGAACCCACGCGGACCACCGAGGCUGAGUGGCGUCAGCAGGGCCUGAAGACACACACAAGCCCCUCCUCCCAGCACUAACUUACACGGCUAUGAAGGAGCAUCCCAGAGUAUUUAAAAUAAACAGUUUUCCUACACUGGAA